AUGUCGUCUUCGCUUUUCCUUCCAGGGACAAAGGGCGCGGGGAUUCAGCUUGCAGCGGGUGUCCGAAGUUCGAAUUUGUAUACUGGAACAGAUUCGGCAAAAAGUGGUCCUCGAUACAGAUGGACUGUUGAUAACGAUUUUACAGCUGCACAAAAAUUAGGAUUAGAGAUUGUUGAGGCCUCCCAGGGUCUUUUGGUUGAUUUAGAGGCACAUAAGUAUAAGAAAAGUUUCGAAAUUGCCAAUGAAUACGAAGAAUUGGUCUACGACUCGACUUCUGACGAUUCCCACGAUGAUGUUCAAGCGCAGUUGGAAAUAGACGACGUUUCGGAGAAUUUGAAGGGCGUCUUGCGUCAAAGAACGAAAUCUCUUAGUCCGCUUCAGGAGGUAGAAAUGACGUCGGACAAGGCCUACGAUUUGAAAACGGAAGCUCCGAUACCACCUUUGAACUUUAUUCCAGGGAAUGUGAUUUCUCGAUUGACUAGCGAAGACCCUGAAAUUAAUAGCCAACACCGAGAUUGGCGGGCAGUACGACGAGAUCACGGUCAAAAUCAAAUUCAGGGUCCCGCUCGAGCUGUGGUAUCUGGCAAAGCUACCCGACUCGAACUGUGUGAUCCGCUUAUAUCUGGUCUUUUGGCUGUAGCAAACGUUCAGACGUCAACUGAUUUGCGUUUGAACAGAGAUCCGCAAGAACUAACUAUAUUUGCAUGUGGAGAGACAAAUAGUGUUCUUUCUAUGGUUUCGCUAGCCAAUUUGGAUUUUGCUCAACAUAUGGAGGAAACUAGAGCUAGGACCGACAUCUAUUUGGGCUCACGUAUUAAAAGGAUAAAAUUCUCCAAGUUAUCAUCCGGUCUACUGCGAAGUUCCGAUUUGCUUGGAGUCAUAACCGAAAGUGGAGCCCAUAUUAUAAAGAUUUUGGGUAUUAGUUCGCAUCACGGAGUCGCUUAUAAGAAAUUCGAGACCCUCAAUCCCUCGAGUCUAGCUAGCUUUGCAAUAGCUGACAUAGCGUUCAAUCCAUGGGAUGCUAAUGAGUUUGCUGUGGUAGACGUUAAGGGUAAUUGGUGCAUUGGAUCAAUUGUUAGACGUUCUGCAAGACCAAUGGGACUUCGAUUAUCCACUAGUAAAAGAGGUACUAUCUUUGAUCUGGAAGAGCUAUCAGCCUGGAAGUUGAUCGAGUGGUCGGCGACUUACAAUAGGCUUUUAAUCUUUGACAGAUCCAAGGCUAUUGAGAUCUUUUUAGAUGAAGAUGCGCAGUUGGAACUGAUACAGGCAAAGACGUGGUCGACAAUUCGAGAUUUUAGGCGAAUUAACGACGAGCUGGCUGUGUUACUAACAUCUAAAGAAAUUAUUGUAAUGCGACUAACCACUCUAAUGACAGAACGUAUAAUCUCGUGGCAUCACCGCAUCUCGUCAGAAGAUGUGACCUUGAAAGUGUCUGCCAAAAUCGUCACUAGAGUUUUUGACAGUAGUGAUGUGCUUUACGUUUUUAUUCAUUCCCGCAUAAAGAAGAAUAUAUUAGUGCAUGCGUUUCUUCUCACCGAUCAAUUGGUUCAAUCAUGUGGAGAUUCAUUUGUCUUAACACCGAGCGCCCCUGUCAGAGGCAUUGACAGCAUAGAUUUCUGUGAGUCGCGCGAUGUCUACCAAAACAGGGAUUUGGAAGAUGCGAUGGCUUUCAGUUUGUUUAUUUUGUGGCGGGAUUCAGAAAGUCGAGGACUGCAUAAGUUGAUGCUUACUACUCAGAAAGCAGAACAUCAAUCGUAUACAAAUUGCGUGGAUGAACCCUUGACGCUACCUCUCAUCGAUGACUGCUUGACUUUUGCGCCUCCCCCCGACAGAGCUAUCCAAUGCAUGAUUUCGAACGUGCCACAGGGCUCUAACCCAAAAGGCGCGGUGCAGGACUUCAAUGUAUUUCAAGAGUAUGGCUUUUCUGUUUCUGCAGCAAUGAACGAUUUGAUUGCGUCGUGGGACAAUUUAAAAGAGCCUCGUUCCGAUAUUCUUGAGUUUUCUGCAUAUUCUUUGCUAGAAGCAGCUGGUAGCCCUGGCGAGUUUCAAAGCGUCGAGGAAUUUGACUCUUUUUUGACCCAAUUCACGGACCAUUACAGAAAACAUGGCAUAUGGUUUAAUGAUGUGAAAUCCAUAACCCGCCUGCUGCUUCAGAAACCGCUCUCCGACUGGGAUAGCCUUAAUUCCGAGUUGUUACAAUGCUGGCAUUGUGACGAUGGAUUAGAUCAUGAACGCCUUGCCAUAUGUCGCGAAAUUACCAAAAAGGUAGCUCUCACCAGCAUGGGAUUCACCCAAAAGGAGUCUGCCAAACUGGUUACACAGCAAGCUUAUGACAGACUGAGUGAAGAACAUCAAGACAUGGUAGCUUUAUGGGGUCAAAAUGAUGGCGACCCCGAAAUUGUUUUGGAGGCUCCUGUUCAAAGCGUUCCACUCUCACAGACUUCACAUAUCCCUCCGCUUGUGAAGACGUCCCAACAAAUGUCAAAUCGCAAUCAAAAGCGACCCAUCCCAUCAAAGUUUGGCGCUUCAAGGUUUGGUACGUUUUCACAACAUGGGGUCGAGUCAUUGCCAGAUUCCAUAACACCAGCAUUUUCUCUACCGCCAGCCUCCCAGGAAAGAGCAAUGGAGUCAUCACAGUCUACAGCCUCUCAGCGAAACCGACGUAAGAAGAAAAAAGUUAGAGGGUUUGGCUAA